GACAGUGCCAUUACAGCAAUUGUAACACGAAGGGCUGUUGAAACCAAACGUCGAGAGCACAGUCGUAGCCUCUAAGACGCGCUUAUUUCACUUUAUACUACGUUUAAAAGAGCAAAUAUAUAUCGAUUUUUUUCAUUUCAUAGCGAGAAGUAAAGGGUCUUUGCUGGGAAGCACAAUGGCUGAACAAAAUAGCGGAUAUCAGCAGCUGCAAAAUGAGGAGGAACUAGGAGAAAGCACACAGGUUGUCCCAGAUGCUCCUCCAUCCUACAGCAGCCUUGCAGCAGACAACGCAGCUUACUUUGAUUAUAAAGAUGAGUCUGGUUUUCCAAACCCCCCUUCGUAUAACGUUGCCACAACGCUCCCAUCUUACGAUGAAGCUGAAAGAACUAAGGCAGAAGCAACUAUUCCUCUUGUUUCUGGAAGGGAGGAGGAUUUUGUGGCCCGGGACGACUUUGAUGAUGCUGACCAGUUAAGGAUAGGAAAUGAUGGCAUUUUCAUGCUGACUUUCUUCAUGGCAUUCCUCUUCAAUUGGAUUGGGUUCUUCUUGUCCUUCUGCCUGACCACCUCGGCUGCGGGUCGAUACGGGGCUAUCUCUGGGUUUGGUCUCUCGCUCAUCAAGUGGAUCCUUAUUGUCCGGUUUUCCACCUAUUUUCCUGGAUACUUUGAUGGUCAGUACUGGCUGUGGUGGGUGUUCCUUGUACUGGGGUUCCUUUUGUUCCUCAGGGGCUUCAUCAACUACGCCAAGGUUCGAAAAAUGUCCGACUCUUUUUCCACUCUUCCCAGAACCAGAGUCCUCUUCAUUUACUAAAGUUGUGUUCUUAAAAAAAAUGCCUUCCUGCACUUCUGGUUCUGGAAGAAAAAUCUCCUUCACAAAUCAGCUGCCCCCUGCAGGAAGGUAACCAGGCCUCGAUCACUGAAGACUUAAGACAAAAAUAAAUCACUGUUUUAAAUACUUCAAUACUGUUUAAGAAUGCGGCAUUUCUUUCUAUAUGUUUCUAGAUGUACAAUUUUACUAGUGGAUGCUGAAAAUUCUGUAACCAAUCAUUAGUGGCUAAUGUUUAAGUUUAAGUGCUAUUGCAAUGAAGUCUUUGAUGUACGAAUAAUGCCUUAUAUAUCUGUUUGUAGUUAAGUGGCAUGCACUGUGUCCUUUUAGCCAGUAGAGGGCAUUCUUGCUCUAUCUUUUCUCUGUUGAUUUGGAAACAACAUUUAGUGUUAAGAUGCUGGUCAUAAUUUACAGUAAUGGGGGCUUUCAAUAGUUCAGAUGGUGGUUUUCAAUAUCUUGAAACAUUUUAAUGCAGUGUUUAUUCGAUAAUGUUUUUAAAUUAAAUUUGCAAUACCUAGAAAAUUGUAAAAAAAAAAAAAAAAAUAGGUAUAGUGCUUUUAAUCUUAUUUCACACAUGUAUAACUUUAAAUAUAUGUAGUUAAUGGAAAUGGCAGAAACACACCAUACAGUUUAUAUGAUUCCUUCUCUGAAUGUAGCUGAGUUUGCAAAAAGAAAAUAAGUCAAUAAAUAACUAAAAGAACCAAGGCAGUACUACUGGCUUUCAGUUUUCAUUGUCAUUUUAAUGCUCUGGCUACUACCCUGCCAAUUUCUUACUGUUUUGUUAAAAAUACUUAUUUAAACAGAAGUACGGAUAUGAAGUGGGAAGUAGUUGUUGGGUCCAUUCAUUUGAACUUAAUUCUAAAGGCAUCCUUCACACUUUACAUGUACUCUUGGUUUAUUUGUAUGUCAAAUCAUCCUGUUUUUUUUUAAUAACCUGCAUGGUAUAGUCACCUAUUAGGUCUCUGAUCAAAAUAAUUAUUUUCCAGGGUGCAGUUGGACCCACCGGUCAAAAGUUUUGUCCAAUUGAAAAUUUAGGUGGACACAGCUUGCCUUUUUGACUAAUUUUAAGGAAAAAAAAAAAAAAAGCAGGGUUAUUUGAAAUCAUCAGACACUGAAAUCAUCACAGUAUCUUGGAGAGCACGACCUAGAUCUCAAGGUAUGGCUAGGUGGCUUUUUAGACAUUGGAUUCAAAUUUAGUCUACAAUAAUGAUGUGGCCACAUUAGUUUUAACCAUGUCUUAAAAAGCAUUUGAAAUGCAGAGUUUAUUUUUGUACAAUUAUAUACACCCCUCAGGCUAGCCGUGACAUUUACCUUGACCUCUCUUGUUUGAUGAUUUGACCAUAAAGACCCUGUGGAUUGGAUAUAAUGAAAUUCGGCAGAUUAUGCCAAUUAAAUACAAAGAAUGAUCUGCAAUUGGAACAAAAAUGCAGCUCGUCUUGGAGAAGACUACAUAGACAACACUUCUUCCUUUACCAUAAUCUUUAUGUGUGCAUCAGCUGACCAUAUGAGUCUUUUUAUUCAUUCAAUAUGAGGCAGAAAUCAAUGCCAGGCAAUAUAAAUAUUUCCUCCCUUUUGCAAAACAGUUCUGUAAAUCAUAAUGUGGUUUAAAAAUGAGCUGACUUCAGAACUUUUGAGAUGAUCCCUGAGAUUCAUGUACAAUUUGCUUUUAAUUAAUGUGAUGUAAUAUUGUGUGUAAGCAGAACCGUUCUGCAUUGUAAGAAUGGACUGAUUUAUUAUUUGUGUGCUUUCUGCCGAGUAGUACUGCACCUUGUUUUUUUAUUUAUUAUUAUUAUUAUUAUUAUUAUUAUUAUUAUUAUUGUUAAAACAACAUGUAAGACUGUAAAUAGAGCAAAACAUCUAAUAAAUGUCACUUAUAUAGCA